AUGGACAAACUAUCCCUCCAUGUUGAUCUUGCUGGAAAGAUUAAUGGUAUUAUCAGGGAGAUGGGGCUUAGAGAAGUGGGGCAAUUAGAGCAAGACCUUGUCUUUGGAGAUGCAGGAACAAAAGAUAUCAUUAAGUUUCUUAAAGAACAAGAUGCAACAGAUGAACAAAAGAUCCGAUUAUUAAUGAUAUAUGUAGCAACUCAUACCGAGAAAUUUGAGACUGAUAAACUUGCAAAGAUAUUGGAGUUAGCAGAUUUGCUUCCUGACGAUAUGAAGGCAAUUUACAAUAUGAGAUUUCUGGAGUCAGCACCAGAUAGUAUGAACAACUCAAACAGUGGCUUCCCACUAAAAUUUGAUAACAAGAAGAGGCAUGGUCUUAGAAAAGAUCGUCCUGGUGAAGAAGCGGCGUGGCAGUUAUCACGCUUUAUCUAUCUAGAAUAA